AUGCUGCAGGGGAUGGACUCGUCGCUGGACGCGCUCAACAAGCCGUUGUGGCGGGGUGAUGCGGUGGGCGCGGCAUCGGCGACGCCGGGCAGCCUGCGGACCGAGCUGGAGGCUGCGUUCUCGCGCCAAGCAGCGGUGAACCAGUUUCUGGCGCACACUAGCGUGUUGUCGUCUGUGCUCUCGAUCGACGAGCUCAACGAGUCGCGGCACACCAUCACCGAGCUGGAGGACUCACUGGCGGACCACUCGAUGAUCCUGGACGAGCUCAACACGACGGUGGAGGAGCUGCACACGCAGGUCGAGGUACACGAGGCUCACGAGCAGGCACUGGCGUCUGCAUUGAGCCAGCACCAGUCGCAACUGGCGGCGAUGGAGGCGACGCUGGCCGCGCAGGCCGCCGCCCUCGUCGCCGUCGAGCGGACCAAGGUUCGAAAGGACAUGCUGCUUGACGGCGCUGUGACCGUCGCCGGUCUGUGGGGUGUCAACAUGACGCUAUUUACUCUCCCGCUCAACAUUGUGGUUGGCAUUCUCCCGAUCUCGGCUCGCGCCGGCGCCUGGCUAGUCCAGGCCGUCAAGCUUGUCGUCCUUGUUGCCUUUGUCCGCACUGUCCGCUCCAAGGCCAUGGCGGCGGGCCUCCACAACGGCGCAGGCACCUUUAGCGCCUACGCUGUCCAGGGCCUCAGGCUGCUGGUGCGGUGGAUCAAGUCGCUACUUGCCAAGGCUGCCGCUGCGCCGGCCAUCAUCGCCACCUCGUCGUAG